CCAAAGGCACAGACCAUCCCAUGGAGCAGCACUUACACCCAAUUCAGUUACUCUUCAGCUGUGUACACAGCACCAUCCGUGACAUCCCACACGGCCCAAGGGUUCCCAUUUUGCAGUCAGGAACAGCAGGGUGCAUCUGCACACACAAAUGAAGCACUGAGCUGCCCCUCACAUGGGAAAUCCUCUGUGGCUGGGCAGCUCCGGGCUGGAGGUACAAACCAGCCCCAAGGACACCCAUUUACCCUCGAGCCUGUCCAGAGCACCUGGGUGUGCUCCCAAGCCAGCACAGCAACCAUCCUGCUUUGUCAGUCACUUCCUCACACUACUGGGAUUUUUGGAGAGAGGCCAUGCCAUCUCCCAGCUGCCUGUGGAAGCAGGACUGUCUUGUUUCAGGGAAUGCUGAUCCAAGAAGGUGCACUUGCUGUCGUUGUUCCAACAUGGCAGGAAAACCUACGUUCCAAGGUAACUGCAGUCAUGAACACGAGGAGAGGAGACAGGAGAGAAGAAGCCCUGGCUCAGACACGUCACAUGUCACAACACACAUCCCUGCCCCUGUGCAGGGCUGGCAGGUGGAAGCAAAUGCACUGGGGCUACACUCCAUUUGCCACUCUGUGCUCUUUUCAGAUCCCGGGGAGACAUGUCCUGCAUUCACAGCCCUCGGCUUCUGGAGCGCUUUGAUAGGGACAGAGCUGAAAGUGAAGCUGCUGCUCUACACCAGGCAGAACCCAACCUGUGCCGAGGAGCUCCACUCAACAGCCUCCAAGUACCUCAACGUGACCAAGAAAACCACCUUCAUCGUCCACGGGUACCGGUUCACAGGCUCUGCCCCCGUCUGGAUCCCCGACCUGCUGCACCUCCUGCUUUCUGCAGAGGACAUGAACAUCAUCCUCGUGGACUGGAAUCAGGGGGCAACAACCCUCAUCUACAAUAAUGCUUCCAGAAAGUGCAAAAGAGUUGCUGAGAUUCUGAAGAAACUUAUUGAUGAAAUGCUGAUCAAUGGAGCAUCCCUUGGCUCCAUGCACAUGAUAGGAGUGAGCCUGGGAGCACACAUCUCCGGCUUUGUGGGACAGAUGUUUGGUGGCGCACUUGGCAGAAUCACGGGCCUGGACCCAGCAGGGCCCUUGUACCGGGGAACCCCCCCCAGUGAGAGGCUGGACCCCACCGACGCACAGUUUGUCGACGUCAUUCAUUCCGACACCGACGGACUAGGUUACAGAGAAGCACUAGGCCACAUCGACUUCUACCCCAACGGCGGGACCGACCAGCCGGGCUGUCCACUGACAAUAUUUUCUGGAUUGCAGUAUUUUAAAUGUGACCACCAGAGGUCUGUUUUCCUGUUCCUGUCCUCCCUGACACGGAGCUGCAACAUCACAGCGUAUCCCUGCGACUCGUACAGGAAUUACAGGAACGGCAAAUGUACCAGCUGUGAAACCUUCUGGCCUAUGCCAUGCCCCAUCCUAGGUUAUUAUGCCCAUGAGUGGAAAAGCUAUUUAACACAACAGAGCCAUCCAGUGACAAGGAUGUUUUUCGAUACAGGGGACAAAGAGCCAUUUUGCAUUUAUCACUACUCUGUGGAUAUUAUCACAUGGAACAAAGACACCAGGAGAGGUACGUUCAGCAUCGUCCUAGCUGAUGAGACUGGGAAGAAGGCAGAAACCAAAGUUAAUCCAGAAGCUGCCACCUUCCAGCAGUACAACCAAAUUACUUUGCUCACGGGAUUUGACCAGGAUCUUGAAAACGUAGAGAAAAUUUCCUUGACAUUUUCCACAGGAUCUGUCAUUGGCCCAAAAUUCAAACUCAGGAUUCUCCAAAUGAGGUUCCAGUCACUCACAAACCCAGAAAGACCCCAGCUGUGCCGAUACGACCUUGUGCUGAUGGAGAACACUCAGAGAACCUUCAAGCCCAUCCCGUGCUGAAGCCGAGACCCGAGGACGCCGUGUCUGGGCGGGGCAGGGACAUUUCACAGCCGUCUGGGGACUCACCUGGCGCUCCCGGGACAUUUCACAGCCGU